UGCUCUCUGUCCGCCACGUGUCACAUACCAUGCUGACAGCACUCCGAGCACGCCGCUACAAGUUUGAGCUGUGCACAGGACUGUACAUGCUUGAGCCAUGGGAGAAGGCCAUCUGCUAUAUCUCUAUGGUGCUGGCUGUGCUGGCUGUCGGGUACUCGGUCUCUGUCGUCUAUCCCCAGUAUGAUGCUCUGCUUGUGGCCUACACUGGCUACUCGUCCAUGGACAUGACUAUCAUGGUCUGGAACCAGAUCAAGUCCUUUGUCCAGGGCUACCUCCCUGUGGCAGACUCUGCUGCUGCCGCUGUUAAGAACGGCGCUGCUGCCGCCUCGGCUUGAUCGUCGCCAUGGUGUUGGUGGGCAUAGGUGGUCGUC